ACAUAUUUUAUAAACACCUCAGCUUAAUUGUAUUUUUCCACCACACACAAGAAACAUUCAAAUUACUCACUUUAAAGACCCAUCCCCUGUUAUUAAACACACUCGUCAUGCAAGCAGCAAAACAUCUAUUUGGGUCAAUUGGCAUUGCUUCACGUCUUGCACUACGACAGUCGUCAGCCAUGGGUGCUAUGGCUGUCCGAACAAAGAUUACCAAUGUCAAAAAUUCAGCAGGAUGUGGUUCACCGAGUCACUUAAAGAACAUCGGAUUUGACCUUCCAUUUUGGGGUUCGACUUCAUCUAGUGAUUGUGAUUCAACGCCGAAAAACCCAUCGGGUAGCUGUAAUUCACAACCGAAGCCUCCGGCUGGUGGCUGCGGACCACCACCAAAACCUCCAACUAGUGGUUGCGGUUCACCACCAAAACCUCCGUCUGGAGGCUGUGGUUCGCCACCAAAACCUCCAACUGGUGGCUGUAGUUCACCACCGAAACCUCCGGCUGGUGGCUGCGGACCACCAAAGAAACCUCCAACUAGUGGUUGCGGGUCUCCACCAAAACCACCGACUGGUGGCUGCAGUUCACCACCAAAACCUCCGGCUGGUGGCUGUGGAUCACCACCGAAACCACCGACUGGUGGCUGUGGAUCAACACCAAAACCUCCGGCUGGUGGCUGUGGAUCACCACCGAAACCACCGACUGGUGGCUGUGGUACGCCACCAAAACCUCCAUCUGUAGGCUGCGGUACUCCACCAAAACCUGCAACCGGAGGCUGUGGUUCGCCACCAAAACCUCCAUCUAGCGGCUGUGGAUCGCCACUGAAACCUCCGGCUGGUGGCUGCGGAUCACCACCGAAACCUCCGGCUGGUGGCUGUGGAUCACCACCGAAACCUCCGGUUGGUGGCUGCGGAUCACCGCCGAAACCACCAACUGGUGGCUGUGGAUCAACACCAAAACCUCCAUCUAGUGGAUGUGGAUCGACACCAAAACCUCCGACUAGUGGCUGCGGAUCACCACCGAAACCACCAACUGGUGGCUGUGGAUCAACACCAAAACCUCCAACUGGAGGCUGUGGUUCGCCACCAAAACCUCCGUCUGGUGGCUGUGGAUCACCACCUAAACCUCCGACUAGUGGUUGUGGGUCUCCAGCGAAACCCACAUCUGGUGAUUGUGGGUCUACCCAGAAACCUCCAACUGGUGGCUGUGGAGCGCCACCGAAACCUCCAUCUAGUGGAUGUGGAUCGACACCGAAACCUCCGACUAGUGGCUGCGGAUCACCACCGAAGCCACCAACUGGUGGCUGUGGAUCAACACCAAAACCUCCAACUGGUGGCUGUGGAGCGCCACCGAAACCUCCAUCUAGUGGAUGUGGAUCGACACCGAAACCUCCAACUGGAGGCUGUGGUUCGCCACCAAAACCUCCGUCUGGUGGCUGUGGAUCACCACCUAAACCUCCGACUAGUGGUUGUGGGUCUCCAGCGAAACCCACAUCUGGUGAUUGUGGGUCUACCCAGAAACCUAAGACUGGAGGAUUUUGGUCACUCUGGAAAUCCUCGCCGAAACCAGUAAAAAAAUAA